AUGGCCCAUACGGCCGCGCAUCGUGGUUCUCGAAAUCGUCCGGCUCAAUCUAUCGCCCAGAACGGCCAGACGGCCCAGUCGGCGCAAACCAGCCACAACACCAUGUCGAGCCCCCACCGCGCCUCGCCUCCCGCGGCUGACCACGCCAUGCGUGUCAGCGCUGCUGCUCGGCCCGACCGGCCACCGGCGCGCAGCGCCACAUUUCCUUCUUCGUUCUCAACAUCCGACCAACACGUCACUGAGUCGCCUUCUACUCCUACUCCCACGGCUGACUCCAUCAUGGCGGUCGCGGGGCCAUCCCAUAUUUCGCCGUCCUCGAUUACCCGCAAGAGGGCGCGGACCUUUGAAGCCUCAUAUGAUGGCGCGGCCGACGAUGAAGGCCACUCCAAAGGCGGCCACUCGUUACGGAAGCGUGCCCGUGUCGAUUACACCCAAGAGAUGAUUGACGAUGAGCUUGGAACUCCUACUAAUGCCUCUUUUACCGCUGGCGCCGGUACUGCUGCUGCGACUGCCACUGCUGCGAGUGCAUCUACUGCUGCGAGGAAUGAUGCUUUUUCACGGCCUGUAUCAGCGCCCAGCUCUCGUAACCGCAAGAGAAAAGGGGAUCAUGAGGGCUCGGACCUUGAAUCCGAAAGCGCGACUUCCAACUCCAACAAGCGUCAACCUCAAACACCGGGUCGUCCGCCGUCGACUCGCCGUCGCAACCCAUCCAAGAAGUUGACGGCCUCCGAUACCGUCCACGUCAAGGCGCAAUCCGAUAACGAGGUCCAGGACACCAUUCUUGUUAGCGUGCCUAAUUCUGACCCAAACGCUCCGUCCGAUGCGGAAGAGGAGCCAUCAUCUCCAGCCAACCCCGAGUUGCGUCUGAACUCUCCCAAUGAUAGUGAGGCCGCCGAGGCAGGUCUCACUGCAGCCCAGCCUGUCACACCUCAGGUACUUGCCUUCCGACCAAUUGAAGCUAUUGAUUUAUUCAAGGUGACUGCGGAUGUCGCCAAUAAACCCAAUGGCGAGCAACUCAAGUCCCAACUCUCCCCGGCCCCGGCGCCAAUUUCAAAGACGUCCGACGUGGAAGUCAAGGAAGAGCAGCCGACCCCUAAGGUAGAGGGAGAAACGGCCAACCUCGCCAGCCCUGUGGUCGCAGCCCAGCCGGUUUCAUUAACCGAUGACGUUGAAAAUAACCGAAACGCUCAGAAGCCCGCCGCUGAAGUUUCGGUCUCGAGUGAGCAGCCUCAAGCUAAGAUUGAAACCUCCCAGCCAAUUCCUUCCCCUGUGGCGGAACCGGAGCUCGCAUCAACCGUUCAUCCACUGUCGACGCCCGUCCGACAGCCCAAACCAGUCGGGCCUUCUCGGUUUGAGUCGUUGCAGCCUAUGUAUAACACCGAAACACCCAGCGCAGCCCGUUUUGGACUCAGCCCAUAUGAAGACGAAGACAUUGCGUACCCAGGCCCUUACACAGAAAUGGUGCAACCGCCUCGGACUACCAAGGGUCAAUCGGCGGCUGUUCCAACGCCCACACCAGCCUCCGUCCCACUCGGCCAGGAACAGGCGGCCGAGUUUGAGUGGGAUCUCAGCCGCCCUUUGACGACCAAGGAGUUCUUUCGCCUCUAUCGCCAGGAAAAGCAGAAGCGCGAGGCGAGAGGUGAGCCAAGCCCCUCGAUGGUAGCGUUUCAACAGGAAUGCGCUCGCCGAUACAAAUCCGUCCAUGCGAACGAUCCAACCUCGAUCACGGCUUCUUCCUCUUCAUCUUCAAUGGUUACUACAGAGUCAACUACCAGGUCUGCCGCUGCGGCUAAGAAGACAGCACAACAACCCAUCCCUACCAUCACCGCGCCGGUUCAGAAUGACGAAGAAAUUCCCGACGCACAGGUGUCUGAGUCCGUUGCCCCCACUGCGGCUCCAUCACCGGCCGCCAUCGACGAUACCGUGGCACCAGAGGACGGGUUAGUUGAAGGCGACCUGGAUGUAGAAGACCAAUUUGACGACGAUGCCAAGUCCGACGGCCCUGGUGAGCCCAUUGAGGUCACACGCAUUCCUAGCAAGCAGUGGUCCUUCCCUAAGAUCCGCGAUCCAAGCGAAUUUGUCGACUUGUUGGACGGCUACCAAGGCUUGGCCACGGACAAGCUCUACACGGCCUUAGCUGCGGUCAACGAGGCAAUGACCGCGUACCAGCUCGAGUACAAUGAGCUCCGCAAGCUUGUCGACGACGAAGAGAACGCGAAGCGCCGGGUGGCUUAUGACAAGACGCUGGUUAACUGGGAGAACCGGCAAAAGCUAGACGAGCCGCUCCCAAUCCACCGGUUUUUCGAUGAGCCGCUCAAGGGUGCUCCGAUCUUUGAAGUGCGCGGCGUCCGUGCCCGCGCGCCGUACGUGGACGAUCCGGUGCUGGAGCACCAGAAGGAGGAGGACCGCAUCAUGGCCAAUGCGUACCACUUCAAGAUCAACUCGCACCCGACCCAGGUGGGCCGGCAGAACCCCGACGAGCAGCGCUGGGAGAUGCCGGAGAACCGGCUCCGGAAGCGGACCGAGAAGGGGGCCGAGCUGGCAGAGGAAAACGUGGUGGAGGGCAAGCGGGCCCGCAGGCCGCGGCACGUCUCGGACCAGAGCAAGGAUGUGAGCCGGUCGGGCACCCCCACCGCGGGUGUGAUCCCCUCGUCGCUGGGCCCGGGCCGUCGCCAGCGGCGCAGGGCCAACAACAACACCGGGGCCGCAGCCAACACCGGGGAAGACGACCCCACACGUGGGACGACGACCCGUGGAGCGGCUGGUUCCUUGCUGUUGCUGGUCGAUGAGCAGGACCGGAUGACUCCGGUCGCGGGCCCAGACGGCAACCAGACGGAAGAGGACGACGAAGAAGAGGAAGAGAAGCCCAGACUUUCGCGUCGUGGCCGUGCCCGGGGUGCUGCGGCUGUGGCCGAACCAACACCCACUUCGUUCGCUGCAGGAGCUGGGGCGGAACCGACCAAGACUCGGCGUGGUCGUACAGGCAAGGCCCAGCAGGCGGCCAGCAAUGCUCAGUUUGGCAGUGGGGGGGCUGGCGAGAUUUCCGGUGCGUCGUUUUACGGGAACGGCAGCGCAGGGGGGAACCAGCAGCAGCAAUUCCCAGACUCGCGCCCGUCGACGGCGUCGUCUGAGGGGACUGCGCACACGGCGGAAACCUCGGAGUCGACCUACUCCCUGCGCGAUAAGCGCAAGCGCAACUUUGCGCUGGAGAACGACCCGGAGCUCGAGACUCGUCCGCAGAGGCGGGCCCGGGUUUCCGCGGCCCAGAAACUGCAGGAUGUCGCUGCUGCCAUGGCCGCUCCGCCCUCCGAACCGGCCAAGAAGCGUGGACAGGGCAGGAAGAGGUCGGCCGCCCAUGCUCAAAGCGAGCAGCAACAGCAGCAAGAGUCCGGCACGCCGUCGGGUUUCUACCCCUCUUCCGCUUCUCGUCCGGCAAGCCCGCCCCUUGCUCCGCAGCAAUAUCAGCAGCACCAGCACCAACAGCAGCAACAUCAGCAACAUCAGCAGCAGCAACCGGUGGCCACGAGGUUUUACCACAACUUUGUGGCAAGCCCGUCGGUGUCGGAUGCAGGCAAUGGCGCUCAACACCAGCCUGCGCAGACGACGACACAACAGGUCGGCCCAUACAUGCACACCUUCAACGCGGCGCCCUCUUUCACGCCUGGUACCCAGCCGACACCUCCUCUUCCGCCGUCCAUCAAGAAGCCGAUCACCAAGCUCAAGCUCACUAACAUUAACGGUGCUAGUGGGGCUGGGGUUCUUGGGCUUGGUGCUGGGGCUAGUGGGGGUGGUGGUGCUUCUUCGUCGGCUGCGGUCUCGCGUGCGUCGACGCCCUCGAAUACGGGAUCGGCCCCGGCAUCGGGAGCAAACAACGGCAAGCCGAAGCGGGUGCGCGCAAAGAAGGGCGCGAAUGCGGCCGCAGCAGCUGCAGCUGAAGCGCAGGCUGGGUCAGCGAAUGGUGGGGAUACGGACUUGGAGAAGCCCUAUGCGGAGAUGACCAAGUCGGAAAAGAUGAGUUGGUCGAUGCGAAGGCGCUGGGCCUCUGGCGAAAUGCAAGGCGCCGUCGAGAAACGACGCACAACCCUGGCUAUCAAGAAGGCCGAAAAAGCUGCCGGCGGUGGAAAUCCGACACCCGAGGGCGACAACACGAAUGGCAACGGCAGCGCCAUGACCGAUUCCGGGUCUGCGGCGGGGCCCUCGGAUCCGACCACGCCCGCUUCGAUGCAUGGCGGGAACAUGCCUGCGUCGGGACCUGGCGGCCAGCAGCUGUUAGCACUUCCGCAGGGCCCGGGGGCCAUCCCCACGCUGGGCGGCCAUAUUCAACAGCAAGCAUCGCAGCAGACGCAGGGAUACCUGCAGCAGCCCUAUGGGUAUAUGCCGCCUUCGAUUUAA